AACGUCUACGUUGUCGUGGGCGGGACCACGCCUACCCCGUCGCAUAUUAAUGACGUAUGAUUGUUUCUCUCUCUCUCUCUCUCUCAGAGCGUGCGUCUCACUCUCUUUAUCGGCCCUCACGUUGAGAUUUCUUUCAGGUCACAAGAGCAAGUAUCAAAAGAGGGGCAGAUAACAAGUAGUCUCCUUCCCAGGUUGCAUGGUCAUGCAAUGAGCUCUCUAGUGGCCUCCAGGCUGUCCAUGUGAGAGGAGAAAUCUUAGAAGAAGAGAACAGACACUUUGGGGGAGAGAGAAAAAAAAGUGUCUUGCAGGGAGCAUGGUCUCCACCAAAGAGAGUGGUGUCAUGGAAGAAAGACUGGCCUGUGUUAAACAAGAGGAGUGUGAGUGGGGCGCACCCAAAGGUUUGCACGUAAAGGCAGAGGGCAGUGAAGGAACGAUUUCAGUGUUUAAAGAGGAGGGGGGCAAGGAGGAGAGUGUCGAUGUGAAAGAUGAGAAUUUGAACAGAUUCUCCGUGGCUCUUGAACUGCAAAACCCCGAAACUGGGAAAAUGUUCAAACAAGAGAUUUGUGAAGGCUCUCACUCCAGUUUACAGAGCCGGACUACUAACAUGGGACAACUGGCUACCUGUCAGAAUUCUGUGGAACUGAAAUCUGAGUUAUCAGACUUGGACAAAAAAAUCCACGAAGGAGAAGAAGACCAGCAGUUAUCAUCUAGGGGUGAUGGAAAAAAUUUCCAGGGGAAUGGCAGCUACUCUGUGUCUUCAUUUACUCUAAAGUCUCUUCAGUGCAGCCUUCAAAACAAACAGGAUAUGAAGAAAUCAACAAGAGGAUUAAAGAAAUCUACAACAGCCUCUUUACAGAGCGGUUCUCUUACUGCAGUGAAACUAAUAAAGAUGGAAACAGUCAUCACUGAUCAACAAGAUAACCAGGAGGCUUUAAAUGCCAAGGAACACUGUGGAGAAAAGUUUAAAAACAGAUCUUGUAAUAAAGAUAAGUCAAUUCAUACAAUUCAGAAGCCACAUGCCUGUCCAGAAUGUGGCAAACUGUUUCCACACAGAGACAGUCUGUACAGGCAUAAAAGAAUUCACACUGGAGAAAAACCGUACUGCUGUCCAGAGUGUGGCAAACGAUUCCUCAAUAAGAGUGCUCUUCAGCGGCACAAACGCAUUCACACUGGAGAGAAGCCACACAGCUGUCUUGAAUGUGGCAAACGAUUUUCCCAUAAAAGCAGUCUUCACAAUCAUUCGAAAAUUCACACUGGAGAAAAACCUUAUUCCUGUUCAGAAUGUGGUAAAGGAUUCUCCCUUUUAUGUAAUUUUUAUAGCCACUUAAGAAUUCACAGUGGAGAGAAGCCAUUUUGCUGCAGUGAAUGUGGGAAACGGUUCGUACAAGGAAGCAGCCUACACAAUCACAUCAGAAUUCACUCUGGAGAGAAACCUCAUGGUUGUUCUGAAUGUGGCAAACGGUUUUCACAAAUAAGCAGUCUUCAGACCCACACAAGAAUCCACACUGGAGAAAGGCCCUAUAGCUGUUCACAAUGUGGCAAACAAUUCUCUAACAGUAGCCAUCUUCAGAAGCACACACGAAUUCACACUGGAGAGAAGCCAUAUUGUUGUUCUGAAUGUGGCAAACGAUUCUCUCAGAAUGUCAGUCUUCUGAAACAUGCACGCAAUCAUACAGGAGAGAAGCCAUAUUGUUGUUCAGAAUGUGGGAAACGAUUUUCUAAUCGUAGCGGUCUCCAAGGGCACAUGUUAGGUCAUACUGGAGAAAGGCCAUAUUCUUGUUCUGAAUGUGGAAAACAGUUCUUUUAUCAAAACAGUCUUCGGCGACACACAAAAAUUCAUUCUGCAGAGAAACCUUAUUGCUGUGCUGAAUGUGGUAAAGGAUUCUCACAAAAUGGCAGUCUUUUGACACAUGUACAGAUUCAUACUGGAGAAAAAACAUAUUGCUGUUCUGAGUGUGGCAAGAAGUUCUUCAACAACAGAGGUCUUCGGCAACAUGCACGCAUCCAUACAGGAGAGAAGCCAUAUUGCUGUGCUGAAUGUGGCAAACGAUUUUCACAAAGAGGCAGCCUCAAGUACCACUCAAACAUUCACGCUAGAGAGAAAAGAAUCGCAACUGAGCCAGCUGUGGAAAAAAAAGCCUUGUGGUCCUGCUGUGUGCCGAUCCCAAACCUGACAGUGAUACUUCAGGUCCUUUCAUUUCUGGGAAGGCAGCCAGAGGUCCUUGAGAUGUCUGAGGUGGCGGAGACGAAGCUGUGCCUUCUUUACCAAGGUGUUCGUGUGAUUGGACCAGGCUCGGACCUCCGUGACAUGGACACCAAGGUGUCCAUCGGCUCCUUUGUCUUGCUGAUGUUCAGAAGUAGACUGUUGUCCUGUCACCAGUGUGACGGGCUCUGCACUCCAUCCAGAUGGUCUCCAGGUCAGGGCAGUCCAUGUAAGAAGGAAACCUUAGCAGAGAAGAGCAGACACUCGAGGGAAGAGUUUCACAUGGCACAUAGCCUCUCCCCCAUCAUGGAUCAACGACUGGCCCACAUUAAAGAAGAGGAGUGUGAGUGGGGUGCACCAGAGGAGGUGCAUGUGAAGCUGGAGGACUGCGAAGAAAGAGUUUCCCUUGUGAACGGGUUGGAGAUCAAGGGGGAGAUUGUGGAAAUUAAAGUUGAGGAUUCGAAAGAUGCCCCCGUGAGCCUUGACCCGCACAACCAUAAAACGGGGCGAAGUGUUUUUGAAGAGUCUCGUUCCAGUCUGCAGCCCUGGUUCACCGAUACGGGACAACCAGCUAACCAUCAGAGCUCCGUGGAAUUGAAAACAGAGUUAUCUGAGUUGGAAGCAAAAAGCAGCGAAGGGAACGGGAGUGAAGAAUCAGAAGAGCAGCAGUCAGCUGGGAGUGUUGGAAUAAAUUUCCAACAGCAGUCCAGCUUCUCCCCAUCUUCAUUCGCUCGGCCCUCUCUUCAGUGCAGACUGCGACACCAAAGGGACAAAGAGAAGGUAAAGAAAUCAACAAGAGGAUCGGAGCAUUUGCCAGCAGACUCUUUGCUAUGCAGUUCUCUUCCUGUGAGAGGAGCCAUCAACACUGACCAGGAGGCUUUGAGUGCUGGCCAAGAGUGCGGACCUACUCUUACAAACCAAUCUGACUGUAAAGAUCAAAAUUUGAUUCACACAAUACCAAAGCCGUAUUGCUGUUCUGGGUGUGGCAAAAAAUUCCUCCAUAAAGGAAGGCUUGAGAGGCACAUAAGAAUUCACGCUGGAGAAAAACCUCAUUGCUGCUCUGAAUGUGGCAAAGAAUUUUAUUACAGUAGCGCCCUCCAGAGACAUAAAAGAAUCCACACUGGAGAAAAGCCCUAUGGCUGUGCUGAAUGUGGCAAACGAUUCACCGAGAGUAGUAAUCUUCACAAGCACAAAAGAAUUCAUACAGGAGACAGGCCCUAUGUCUGCUCUGAGUGUGGCAAACGAUUCACCGCCAGUAGCAAUCUUCACCAACAUACACUCAUUCAUACUGGAGAAAAACCAUAUGGUUGUUUUGAAUGUGGAAAAAGAUUCUCCAGAAGUGGCCAUCUUCAAAAGCACAAGAGAAUUCAUACAGGAGAGAAGAAAAAGACAACCCUUCCUAAAGAAAGGGGGUCACUCCUGGUUUGAUCGUACGCACACCAAGAAC